AGAGUCCAUUCUUUAUGUAACCCAGAUUGAUAAAAUCAACGCAAAGCCAGUAAAGAUUGCGAGAGAAGGACAGCAAGAUGACUUUCAGCUCUGUAAUGAAGACCGCUGCUGCGAUUUCAUUUUUGUUGGUUGUCUCCACAUUAGUUUCUGCCAAGAAGUCAGGCGAUGUUACAGAGUUACAGAUUGGUGUAAAGCACAAGCCUAAAUCCUGUGACAUUCAGGCUCACAAAGGUGAUAGAGUCAAAGUACAUUAUCGGGGAAAACUCACCGAUGGAACUGUUUUUGAUUCGAGUUUUGAAAGAGGUGAUCCAAUUGAGUUUGAGCUUGGCAGUGGCCAAGUUAUCAAAGGAUGGGACCAAGGACUGUUGGGAAUGUGUGUAGGUGAGAAGCGAAAGUUGAAAAUCCCUUCAAAGAUGGGCUACGGGGAUCACGGUUCUCCUCCUAAAAUUCCAGGAGGAGCAACACUGGUCUUUGACACAGAGCUUGUUGCUGUGAAUGGGAAGCCAUCAAGCGAGGAUGAUGAGCUGUAGUCAUCAUUCAAAGGAGCAGAUUUCACUUUUUGUUUUUCCCUUUACCUUCAUUUUUCAUAUUUGGUAAGCUAAAACUAGAUUGGAGUCUCUGGUUAGGCCAAACUAUUGAAUUAUGGAGCUUGACAUAGCAGAAAGUUACGUAUCAUGCCACAUAAUCUUUGUAGUUUGGAUCAGAAAUCUUCAUUACUUAAGCAGUAAGCAAUGAACUAAUCAAGUUUAAGAUAAAUGGAAUUAGACAAUCAGUUCUUGUGAACAAUUGCUACUUGUCUCCUAAAAGCUUAACCAAAUCAAGGAUUUCCGUUAUAUUCA